AUGGGCUCAAUCGCGACAAAGGGCAAGGCUUUCCCUCCUGGAAUUCACGUUCCAUCUUUGACUUGGUUUGGUAACGAUGCCAACCAAGAAAUUGAUUGGGACACUCAGAAGAAACACAUUGAGUUUCUAGUAACAUCUGGUCUUGACGGCAUCGUUAUCGCUGGAACAAACGGCGAAGCAGUAACUCUUUCACCGGCCGAGAAGUCACAACUGGUCCGAACUACACGCGAAAUCGCAACCUCACUUGGCCGUCCCGACAUCACAAUCACAUUGGGCACCUCUUCACAAACCACCCGAGACGCCAUAAAUGAGACAAGACUGGCCAAGGAGGCAGGUGCCGACUUUGUCCUUGUCCUGACACCGAGCUAUUUCCACUUUGCCAUGACACAAGAUGCUAUUGUUGCUUUCUUCGAAGAACUUGCUGAUGCGAGCCCUGUUCCUGUUGUGAUCUACAAUUUCCCCGGUGUCGUGGCUGGUCUCGAUGUCAACUCGGAGAUGCUAGAGCGCCUGGCUCAGCAUCCCAACAUUGUUGGUGUUAAGCUCACAUGUGGUGGUAUCGCAAAGGUCGCCCGUGUGACAGCUCAAUUCAAGCCCGAGGACUUUUCCGCUCUUGCUGGCCAAAGCGACUGGCUUGUUCCCGCUAUGGCCGUGGGCGCAACAGGUACCGUCACUGGUGUCGCGAAUUUAUAUCCUAAAGUCUGCCUGCGUAUCUUUGAUCUAUACAAGGCGGGCAAGACCAAGGAGGCCGAGGCCGCGCAGCUUGAGUUGGCCAAGAUGGAAUGGGGAUUUGCCAAGGGCGGUAUCAACGGUACCAAGUGGAUUGUGGCCAAGCUUCGAGGAUACCCUCUCGAUAGCUGCCACUGCAGGAAGCCAUACCCUCAGUAUAGCGAUGAGAGUAAGAAGGAUUGGAUCUUUAAGGUGGUUGAGCCUCUUUCGGCUGUUGAGAAGGGUCUCGGUAAGAGGGGAGUGGAUAUUUAG